AAAUUUAUUGACGUGGAUCAAGAUGGUAGUAGUUGCUGUGCUGGAAGUAAUAUCGUGGUAGUAAACAAACUGUUCCUGUUAACGUGUUACGAUUUUAAUUUAAUAAACUGUUUAUGUAUGUUAUUAGGAAAGUUUCAGAUUAAAAUUCAAGCAAGGUAUCUUUGAGGUGCUAGCUCAGAAAUGAAUAGGCCACCACAGUCAUUUCAUGCAAAUCAACAGAAUCAACAACCGUUUUUAAAUAAUCCUCCUCCUGGUCAAAUGAUUGCUGGAGGUCCUCCAUCGCAAGGUCAUAACAGAUAUGCUCCUCCGAAUCUACAGCAUCCACAACAAAUAAGGAAGGAACCUCCUGGUCAAGGAGUUAGACCACCAUUUUCAGGACCGACUACUAAUGGAAUCCCAACUCACAAUGGCAAUACAUCUCCACCUAAUUCCUUGAUGUCAACGCAACAGCAGAUGAUGCCGCCAAUGAGUAAUGUAACACAACAGAUGAGUGGUAUGCAGUUGAAUCCUACGCAGCCUCCACAAAGUGCAUUUUCACCUUAUCGACCAACAGGACCCCCAGCCCAACAGAGACAUACAGGUCCCCCUGCAAAUAGAGGACAGCCACCACAGAUGCAACCUCGACCAUCUAGUCAACUAUACAACCAACACAGAAUGGUACGUCCAGGAGUACCACCUCAAUCUGGUCCACCGUCAGGUCCACCUUCACUUGGUGCCCCAGCUGGAUUAUCUGGACCUUCAUCUUUAAGUGGACCAUCGUCUUUAAGUGGUCCAAUAGGGACAGGACCACCACCCUUAACAAGACCACCUGGUCCUGGUUCUGGACCCACAAAGCCUAUGUACCCUGAACAGAAUAUCCUACAGCAGCCAUCCAACAGCCAACCUGGUUUUAUGAAUCCACAUGGAAUGCAAAAACAGCGCUCUAAUAUGACGGGGCCACCAUCAGGAAUGAUGCCAGGAGGCCCACCUAUAGGACAGGUUCAACCAGGAAUGGCACCACCCCAAAUGGGACAACCCCAAAUAGGACAAUCACAACCUGGGAUGAAACAUCCAGGAAUGGGACAACCAGGAAUGGGACAACCAGGAAUGGGACAACCAGGAAUGCCUCAGUUUUCACAGCCAAUGAGUGCUCCUCACAAUAUGAGUGGAGGUCCAAUUAGCCGUCAACCACCACCUAUGAGUGGACCAGGAAUGACAGGUCCAAUGGGUGCUCCUCAACAAAAAAGAAUUGAUCCUAACCAAAUGCCAAAUCCAAUCCAAGUUAUGAAUGAUGAUCAAGCAAGUUUUGAUGGGGAAAUAUUUACAACAAGUACACGUGGGAAGGUUCCUCCUCUUGUGAGUACUAAAUGCAGGAUACAAGAUGACGGUAAUUGUAGUCCACGUUACAUGCGAUCAUCUGUGUACUCAAUCCCAUGCAAUCAAGAUAUGUUAAAAGAAAGUGGCGUACCCAUGGCUAUAGUUUGUACACCUUUUGCAAGAAUACCAGAAGAUGAACAUCAGUUACGAUAUGUAGAUCAUGGACCAAGUGGUCCUGUGCGAUGUAACCGAUGCAAAGCAUAUAUGAAUCCAUUUAUGCAAUUCAUUGAUGGUGGGAGGAGAUUUGUAUGCAAUAUCUGCAGCCACUCUUCAGAAGUGCCACCAGAAUACUUCUGUCAUCUUGAUCACCAGGGGAGGAGAGUAGAUAUGUAUGAGAGACCAGAAUUAUGUUUCGGUUCUUACGAAUUUAUAGCUACUACAGACUAUUGUAAGGACAGUAAAAUGCCAGAGCCUCCAGCUUUCAUCUUCAUGAUAGAUGUAUCAUACCAAAGCGUGCAACAAGGGAUGGUUAAAAUACUAUCAAAUGAGCUCCACACGUUAUUGGAUAGUUUGCCAAGGGAUGUUGGAAUGGGAGAGAGUUUGAUCAAAGUCGGUUUCGUCACUUACAGCACUCAGCUUCAUUUUUACAAUGUUAAAGCAAACUUGGCUCAACCACAGAUGAUGGUCGUUACAGAUUUAGAAGAUGCUUUUGUCCCACUUUUAGAUGGUUUUCUAGUAAAUUAUAAAGAAGCGAAAGCUGUUGUUGACAGUUUGUUGGAUAUGCUUCCUGAAAUGUUUAAAGACACAAGAGAAACAGACGUUGUGUUAGGACCAGUUGUUGCAGCUGGUUUGGAAGCCCUAAAGAGUGCUGGCAUUUCUGGUAAGCUCUUCAUAUUCCAUUCGUCCUUACCUAUCGCAGAAGGACCAGGAAAAUUGAAGAAUAGAGAAGAUAGAAAAUUGUUGAACACUGAGAAAGAAAAGACGAUUUUGAUGCCACAAGGAAACUAUUACAUGAACCUCGCCAAAGAAUGUGUUAAUAAUGGCGUCUCGUUGGAUUUGUUUUUAUUUCCGAAUUCUUAUGUUGAUGUUGCAACUGUUGGUUUAAUGGUGACUCAAACAGGCGGACAGAUUUACAGAUAUUCGUAUUUUAAGGAGGCAACACAUGGCAAGCAAUUCAUUAGCGACCUUCGCAAAAAUUUCAGUCGUGAACUGGGAUUUGAUGCUAUUAUGAGAUUACGAUGUAGUACUGGUUUACGUCCUGUCGAAUUUUUCGGAAGUUUUGUUAUGAAUAAUACCACUGAUGUCGAACUUGCUUCUAUAGAUUCUGAUAAAGCUAUUGCUAUUGAAAUCAAACACGACGACAAAAUUCCAGAAGACGGCGUCACGUUUGUACAGAACGCUUUGUUAUACACGUCUGUGUCGGGACAACGUCGACUACGUAUUCACAAUUUGGCCUUUGCAACUUGUUCUCAACUAGCAGAUUUGUACAGAUGUUGUGAGCUAGACACCACAGUCAACUAUUUAUCCAAAUAUGCUCUUCGUCAAGUACUGUCGUCCUCACCGCAGGCCAUUAAAGACAAUCUGAUACAGAAGUGUGUGCAAAUACUAGCUUGCUAUCGUCAACAUUGCGCAACACCGUCCACAUCGGGUCAGCUGAUCUUACCUGAGUGCAUGAAACUGCUACCAUUAUAUGUAAACUGUUUAAUCAAAAGCGAUGUGUUGGCAGGUGGCUCAGAAAUGAGUUCGGACGAUCGUUCUUUCCUGAUGCAGGCGUGUCUCUCCAUGUCGCCUGCAGUAUCAUCUGCAUAUUUCUACCCAAGAGUGCUAGCUCUGCAUACUGUUGAUACCGAACACGAGGAAGAUUUGAUACCAGAUCAACUUCGUUGUUUGGGUGAGAAGUUUGAAGACAACGGAGUAUAUUUAUUGGAAAACACUAUAUCUAUGUUUAUCUGGGUUGGCUUACAAACCGAUCCAAGGUUUUUAUCAGAUGUAUUCGGUGUGGGUGGUAUUGGCCAACUUGACAUAGAAAUGACACAGUUACCCGUGAUUGAUUCCCCACUGUCGAAUCGAAUUCGAAAAAUUAUCGAGCAGAUACAAUCACAAAGACAAAGAUAUUUAAAAUUAACCGUUGUACGACAACGCGACAAGCUGGAACCGUGGUUCAAACAUUACAUCGUGGAAGACAAAGGAUUUCAUUCGAGUCAUUUGAGUUAUGUGGAUUUUCUUUGUCAUGUGCAUAAAGAAAUCAGAAAUUUGCUGAACUAAAUUUAGCAGACAUUUGUUAAUAACUGAAUUAAAUAGAAUGAAUAUUUCUUGACGAAUGACUGGAUAGAUGAAUGAAUGAAUGGAUGGAUGGAUAGAUGAAUGAAUGAAUGAACGGAUACAUAGAAGUGUGAAAAAAUUUUAGUCCAUACAGACAAUAUUUAUUUCUUGGUCGCUCUGUGAUCUCUGUCAUGUCUGAUAUAUGUUACACGACCACCACAUGACACAUAGCGUCUUUUGAAUCCUCUGCCAUUCAUUUUUUUUGUCGAGUUAUAACUUGUUUUUAAAAAAGUGCGCUUGCAGGAAAUGUCUGUUUGUUCUUAUGUUCAUUGGGAUACCGUGCUUUCACAAUUUGCAAGAAAUGUUUUUUUUAGCAGACAUUUCUUUAAAAUAUUUUAUUAGAGAUUAACAUUAAAAAUUUAAAAUGUAUUAUCGGCGACUUGUAAAAUAUAUGUCCCUUUUGUGUCUGCUAAAAUGGAUGACAUCAUAACGGUGAUUAUACUUGAAAUAAAUGUUAUUUUUAUCA